AUGACCAAGCUGUGUGAGGGAAGGGUGUGCGCCGCGUAUGUCUGUGGUGAACCGCACUUAUACCAUGUUACUCUGAAAUUACAAAGUGACGAGGAUCUGUUAACCCUCAGCCAUGGAGCGCAUCUUCGGGGCCAAUGGGAGCCGCGCGGAGGAUGGCGUGCCGGACAUGACUGUAUUGUCGGACAUCGAUGAGACGGCCAUCAACCACAACCUCCGUGUCCGAUACCUCCACGACCGCAUCUAUACCUACACGGGCAGCAUCCUCAUAGCAGUCAACCCAUACAAGGAGCUCGAGAUGUAUGGUCCUGAGGCCAUUAUGAGGUACCAGGGCAAGAAGCUGCUGGAGGAGGAGCCGCACGUUUUCGCCAUCUCCGAGUCGUCCUUCGUGGCGCUACAACGCUUGGACAAGAAUCAGUCGUGCGUCAUCUCGGGGGAGUCUGGCGCUGGGAAGACCGAGACCACGAAGUUUAUCCUGCAGUACCUGUGUUCGGUGACGACUGGCGUGUCCACCUGGGUCGAGCAGCAGAUUAUUGAAGCCAACACCAUCCUUGAGGCCUUCGGUAACGCCAAGACAGUCCGCAAUGACAACUCAAGUCGGUUUGGGAAGUUCAUGCAGGUUUGCUUUGACCCGUCGUGGCACAUCAAGGGGUGUGUGAUGCAAGACUACCUCCUGGAGCAGUCCCGCAUCACCUUCCAGGGCCCAGAGGAGAGGAACUACCAUGUCUUCUACCAACUGGUGGCUGCAGCUCAGAACAAUAAGGAGUUGGCAGAGCAAUUCCACCUCAAGCCUGCCAACACCUACACUUACCUGAACCAGUCCGGCUGCAUUGUUAUUGACGGCAUAGAUGACGCCCGCCGGUUUGACAGCCUGCGCCUCGCCUUCAAUGUCCUCCAUGUGCCGCAGGAAAUAUGUGAUGGGAUCUAUGGUACCCUGGCUGCCAUCCUUUGGCUUGGAAACCUUGAGUUUGCAGACAUUGAUGGGGAGAACUGUGAAUUGACGGAGAAGGACAAGGAGGUGUUGAAGACUCUGUCCACACUGCUGGGCCUCUCUGACGAACAGUUGCUUGGUUGUCUGCUCCAGCGGCAAAUCAACAUUCGGGGAAACAUCACUCACAUUCCCCUCAAACAUGCCGAGGCCAAGGAGAACAGACACGCCAUGGCCAAGACGCUCUACUCCCGCACCUUUGCUUGGCUGGUGGACCACAUCAACAAGUGCACCAACCCAGGCCAGGAUCAAACCAGAUUCCUUGGUGUUCUGGACAUCUUUGGCUUUGAGAACUUUGCUGUCAAUUCUUUUGAGCAACUCUGCAUCAAUUACACCAAUGAAAAGUUACACAAGUUCUUCAACCACUACGUGUUUGCUUUGGAACAGGAAAUUUAUCGCCAAGAGGAGAUCAAGUUUUCCCACAUCACCUUCACGGAUAACACUGAGUGCCUUGAAUUGUUGGAGAAGCCCCCGAGGUGUCUGCUGAAGCUGCUGUCAGAGGAGUGCCGCAUGCCCAAGGGUGCAGACAAGACUUAUUUGACCAAGCUGCACCAGGAGUUUGAAAGUCACCCUAACUAUAUCAAAGGUGAUGACAGAAGACGAUGGGAGGUGGAGUUUGGUGUCAACCACUAUGCAGGUAAGGUGAUCUACACUGUGCAGGGCUUUGUGGACAAGAACAGAGACGCUCAGCAGGACGUCUUCUUUGACCUCAUGAGCAAGUCAGAGAACAAAUUUAUUGCUGACCUAACAAGAUUCCAGGACUUGCUGGGCUGCACCAUAGCAAGGAUGGGCACCAUUCAGAGCACCAUCUCUCGGGGAACCUCCAAAGGCAAGCCCACAGUGUCUGAUGCCUUCCGCAAUCAACUGCAGGCACUUGUGGAUGUUCUUCAAGCAACUAAUCCUUGGUAUGUGCGGUGCAUCAAGCCAAACAAAAACAAGGCAGCAAACUCAUAUGAUGAGUCAAUGGUGCUGGACCAGCUGCGCUACCUGGGUAUGAAUGACAUCAUCAGGAUCCGUAAGGAGGGAUUCCCCAUUCACAUGACUUUUGAUGACUUUAUUGCCAGGUAUUUCUGCCUGAACAGGAGGAAGAGAUACCCUGACCCAAAGCAACAUGUGUGUGACAUCAUGAAGUCUCUCUCGCUGCCGCCGAAGGAGUGGCAAGUUGGCAAGAGUAAAGUUUUCAUUCGACAGAAGGUUUAUGAGCCGCUGGAGGACCGUCGGCAGACCACCAUUGUUGCUGCAGCAAUAAAGAUCCAGGCACUGUACCGUAUGCACAGACACAGGAAAGAGUACCAGAGGAUACAUGCAGCAUGCCUGAUGGUGCAGAACUACUACCGUGGCUGGAAACUCCGCCUACAGUUUAUCAGAAAGAGGAGAGCCAUCAUCAUCAUCCAGUCCAAUGUGCGAGGAAUGUUUGCUAGAGAGGUUGCCAAUGCACUGCGAGAGAUGAAGCGCAUUGAGGAAGAGCAGAGAAGGCGGGAACGUUUGGAGGAGGAGAGGAGACAGAGGGAAGAGGAGGCACAGAAGAUGGCAGCAGAGGAUGAAGCUAAGAAGCAGGAGCUGGAGGAAGCACAGAGCCAACAGUAUGAUGGUCUGGCAGCAGUUGGUGAAGGAAAAGUGGAAGAGGAAUUGGCAACCUUGUCCAACAUCGCAGACACAGUCAACCCUCACCUGGCGGCCUCCAUGACCACUAACCCAGAUGAUGCCUCGCAGGGCUCAGGGGAAGGUGUGGACCUGGACAACCUUUUCUCCUUCCUCUCCAACAUGGAAUCAGAAAGACAUGUGCUGGAUGAGAUCCAUCGUCAAAUGGACGACUUGACAGACACUUUUGAUGUGGAGAUUAAAGCACUGAACCAACGUGAUGAGGAUGAAAAGAGGGAAGGCAGCCUGCCUCCCCCACCAGGCUCAGAUAUUUUAGACCUUUCCCAGUUGCCACCACCUCCAGGAGAACAGCCACUCCCUCCACCACCUGCUGUUGUCUUACAUCCUCCUGCCCUGCCUGGUGGAGAAAGUGCACCUACUCAACCACCUCAGGAGAAUGGAGAGACCCUUCCUCCUCCUCCACCUCAGGUCAAUGGAUUCCAUGAAGAGGAGAAACCAAAAGAGCCCAUCUACGAGACCAUCCCUGUGGGCUUGUCAGGGGCACAGACUCGACGGGAACCCAACUAUGUGUCUGGUCCACCCCCUGCUGGUCCUCCUCCAGCACCGCCAGAAGAGGCUGUUGAACUUCGCCGGCCUCGAGAGGCUGCUCCACCUCCUCACUGGGAUGCCUCAGGAGAGCAGCGGCGGCGCAAACCAUCGGGACAACGCCGCACCUCACGCUCACCCUCAGCACACAGUCCAUGUCCCACACGACCCAGCACCAGGAGUCCUGCGCCUCGAGCAAACAGUCGCAACAACGGUGUGGUGGAAGAUCCGGAGCGGGUGGAGCGCAGGAAGCAGCGAGUGGAGCGGAAGCUGCAUGAACUGGAGGAGCUUGGAGAGAAUAAGGAAAAUGAAAAUCAAAACCACUUUGAUAUGAUUGAGUUUGCUGAGAAAUUCUUCAACAAUCAUGAAAGAUCUCCUGAAGGAACCUUGAUGUCAACUCUCACCCGCAAGCGAUCCACUGCUGAAUAUUUACCUAAGUAUGAGUUAAUCACAUACUCCCGUGCCUCCAUCAUCCCCACCUCCCAUGUCCACCUGUAUGACCCUGAAAACAUCACCCUUGCCUGCACCAUCUUCAGGGAUUUGUGCAAGUAUUGCCGAGGGGAGUUGAAGCCAGAUCAGGAAAUCGUCACCAUCCAGACCAUCAUCGGUCAUGGGCUGGAGCGAGAGGAGCUGAGGAAUGAAAUCUUUGUGCAGUGCAUGAGACAAGUGACCAACAACCCUAGCACUGAGUCUCUGGAGCGACUGUGGCUCAUGCUGUGCCUCUGUGUGGUGGCCUUCCAGCCCAGCAAACUCCUGCACAAAUACUUUGUUAGUUUCCUGCAAAAGAACCUAAGUCUAGAGGGGAAGCUGAAGCAAUAUGUUCAGUGGUGUCUAGAGAACUGUAAAAACACCAAGGUAUCCAGCAGACAGCUUCCUCCCUCCUCUGUGGAAAUUGCUGCCAUGAAGAAGCUGGGGACUAUUGUGUGUAGGUUCUUCUUCUUGGAUGGUCGGACAAAAGCUAUUGAUGUUCAUCCCCGAGACACAGCAGGGGAUGCCAUGCAGAAGCUGGCUGACCGCCUUGGCCUGUCUGGGUUAGAAGGCUGGGCCAUAUAUGAGUCUGGAUCUGAAGGAGACAAGCAUGUCAAGAGUCAUGAAUAUCUCUAUGAUGUCAUAUCCUCCUGGGAGAUAAAGCAGCAGAAGGCAACGGGUUCAGGGACACACAGCUCCAGCACCAAGCGCACAUCACAGACUGUCAGUGCUGGUGAGAACAGAUUUGUGUUCCGCAAACGUUUGUUCCGCAACCCUCGUGAAAUCCCAAGUGAUCCAGUUCAAGUCAACCUUCUCUAUGCCCAAGCAGUUUACUCUGUUGUGCGGGCGGAUGAUUUCCCUAUCAACGAGAAGGUGGCGCUGCAGCUGGCAGGUUUGCAGGCACAGGUGGCUCUGGGUGAUCCACAAGAUGGCAAGACAGAGUUCUAUGCUGACGUGCAACUCUACCUCCCUAAUCGCAUUGCCCAAACCAAAAAACAAGCUGAGUGGGUGCCAAUCCUUGCUCAAGCCCACAAGCAGUAUGGGACAGGGAAAACAGAUAUUGUGGCAAAAGUGUGGUACCUGACAUGUGUGAUGCAGUUCCCACUGUAUGGCACCACCAUGUUCCAAGUGUCUUACCGGGGCUACUGGUCCUACGGCAACACGCUCAUCCUGGGUGUCAACUGUGAUGGCAUUGCUAUGAUCAAACCUGACGACAAAUUUAUUUUAUACGAAUACAGAUAUUGUGACAUAGAAUCUAUCUUCCUAGAUCCCAGCGACAACUUCAUCACCAUCAACCUUCUACGAACGUUACCAGAUGCUCACAAAUGUUUUGUCUUUGAGACAAAGGAGAAGCAAGAAAUUGGUUUCCUAAUUGCCAGUUACUCUCCCUUGCUAGCAUCUUGGAUCAAAGACAUGGACUCAAACAAGAAGGUGAAGCAGAUCACAGGUGAGGACCGUGCCAGGCUUUACUACCACCUGGUGCACAGCCGACGCCAGAUAAUUGACUCCAACAUGCUCAAGAAACCUGUGGAUCAGGGCGGGAACUUUAUUGUCAGCACACUGAGAAGAUUAAACAAGCAAAAACUAGACAAACUCCGCCAGGAUUAUGGGGAAAACUCAGAGACAUACAAGGGCUUCCACCACAUGUUCUGGGCCUUCUCCAAGACUCCCCUCACUCAGACCAUCAGCAAGAUCCCAUCACCUGAGGUAGAGCAGCAGGCACUCCAGAUAUCCCUUGCCAUACUGACUUAUGCUGGUCUCAACCCCAAUGGUAAGUCUGAGACGGCAGCAACGAGUGACGACCAGCAGCUGAACAUGGUGCAAGGAAUAGUAGAGCAGUGCAUGAAGAGAGAUAUUCUUCUCAAUGAAACCUACCUCCAGCUCAUCAAACAGACCACUGACCACCCAGAUCCAAAUUCAAGAGUCAACCUAAGACAUUGGUCCUUGUUGACACUGUUCUGCUCAGUUAUUCCCCCAACAGACAAAAAUGUGAGGAAGUACCUCCGUGCUCACCUUCAGCGGUGCUCCACUGAUUAUGUGUCUGAGGAGGGGAAGUACGCUCGUUAUGCUGAGAAGUGUCUGCUGAAAGCGCUCAACAACCGGCGCCGGCAGUGGACUCCCUCCAAGCAGGAGAUCCUGUGCACCAUCAACAGGCGGCCCAUCUAUGCACGCUUUCACUUCAUGGAUGGACAGUUCCACUCCCUCGAGUUUGACGCCUCAGCGACAGCAGGUGACGUCGUGGAGCUCAUCAGGCACAAGAUUGGCUUGAAGGACACCGCCAAAGGAUACGCCAUCUAUGAGAUGUUGGGAACCACUGAGCGAUGCAUCCCAAUGGAGGAAGUUUUAGCUGAUGUCAUGUCUCGAUGGGAGCGUUACCGACUGUCCUCUGCAGCCUCCUUGCACCAGCACCACCACAUCUUCCUCUUUAAGAAACACUUGCUGCUGGAGUCCUGGAUGGAUCUGACUGACAAUGUGGAAAAGGAGUUGCUCUACUUCCAGGUCCUAUACACUCUCAGGGCAGACAAGUUCCCUGUGAAACAAGUGGAGGCUGUGAUGCUUUGUGCACUAAGAGCCCAGAUAGAGCUUGGGAACUUCACUGGGGCAAAUAUGGACUAUGGGGAGGUGAUUGCCCACACCCUCUCCCCACGGCUCCUGAGCAGCGUGACACACGAGGCUGUAGCGAUGCACCACCAGAGUCUCUUCAACAUGGACUCACAGGAGGCUAAGCAGGCCUUCCUCAAUCUCAUCAAGUCGUGGCCCUUGCACCGUGCCACCAUUUUUGAUGUGACUCAAUCUUUUACCUCAAAUUGGCCCAAAGUACUCUGGUUGGCCAUUGAUGAAAAUGGCGUGCACCUUCUAGAACACCGUUCUCGUAAUGUCCUCUGCACUUAUGAGUAUGACUAUAUCCUCAACUACUCUGCCUCCAUCACCUCCCUCAUGAUCAUCACUGGCUCCACUCGCAAGCAGAGCAAGAUCAUCCUCAACACAACUCAGGCCUUCAUGAUUGCCACCUUAAUAAAAGAUUAUGCAGAAGUCUUGAGGGAUGCCAUUGGGAGCACCACAGUGACCAGUGGGCCUCCGUCAGGCUUGAUGGCUAUCCCGGUGGCGCAGGACGGGGCUCCACCUCCUGAGCCGCGCCGCUCUCGGCCCCCAAGCAUUAUGGCUCGGCCACCACCCACACUCACCGAGGAGGUUGUCACUCAGUAGGGCAGUGAGUGGCUGAGUGGCUCUCAAAGCAAAAGAAAUGUGAUCUGAUAACAAUUGUGCUGUGUUAUAUUUUGUAUUUUAUUUUCUGAUUAGCUCUUAGGAAAAUUUUAAUAAAUUUUUCAAUUCUUCAGGGAAGGGAAGGAAGGCAAGUGUCAGGGUAAAAUCAUACUAUCGAAAAAUUAUUGGGAAUGUGACAGUGCAGUAUUUGACAGGUUUUGCAUUUAUCUACCUUGCUACAUAUGUAUAAUGGUGUUCAGUAUACUCUGCACUGGACUGUAAUUACCUCCAGGAAUAUAAAUUAUAUUUAUCAGUAGAUACAGAGCGCAAAUGUUCUUUAGAUAUCCUACAUGAUAUGCUUAUUUUUCUGUAAUAAAUCUGCUUUUCAUUUCCAUCAUGUUACCCAGAAUCUAUUAUAAGUGUUUGUUGAGAGGUUCAUCACUAUAGUCUCCCCAUAGAAUAAGAGUCAGAGUGAGUCUGUAAGUGUUUGGCAGGAUGACCUUUGGUCACCUCCUGGGGCUGCUGCUGCUGUUGCUGUGAGAAGCUGGCAGUACUUGGCUCCUCACUUUUGCUCACUCACUUGCUCAAGAGCUUAACAUACAGGCCGGGGCUCGCCUUUGUUCUCUAAAGACAAUGGCUGAAGUCCCCUGUUAAAAAAGUGUUGUGCCAAGAAUUUGGCUCUAAUUAUUUCUGUGUUAAUAUUUUUUAUUAGAAAGCAAGUGCUUUUAAGGAUGAGUGUAAACCAUGAUGACAGAAUCUUUUCAUGACUUUAGUUAAGUUGAUAAGUGCUUAUUUUAUAUCAGUAUUUCUUAUGUUGUAUUGAUUCAUGUUCAUAGAAUUUUUAUUUUAAAAUUGUUUCUAAUUUAGUUUAUUCAUAAUUCCAUCAAAACACUGCCUUCAUCCUCAUGAUAUGUUUAUGUCAUGCUUAGUUGAUGCACUUUAAGUUUUGUAUGUAUUUUAACCAACAGUUUCAAACCUAAUUUUUAAAAUAUUCUUCUGGUGCUAACUAUUUGUUGAUUGUUCUUAAUGUGUGAUGCAAAAAUGGGUAUCUAAGUUUGGAGAGUUUGCAUGUCUUAAAAGUUUCUGUGGGCACUUAUAGCUAGACCUUUAGUAGUCUGGAGUAGAGAAGCAUUUGUACUGAUAUUUAUAACUUCAUAAAGACCUAUUGUGAAUGAAACUAGUGGCUAUCACCAUCAUUAUGAAUAGUCAGGAAAAAAAAGAGAAAGUGAUCAUCUCCCACCAUCAGGAGAGUAUGGUGGUGGUGGUGACGGUGGUGGUGGUGGAGGAGCCUGUAGCCAGCAGGAACCUAUCACAAGCUCUGCUGCUUGAGGGUGUGUGGAGCAGCAGGUGCUGAUCUAAUCAAUAUGUACAGGUAAUAAUGAGGGGAAAAGACAGAUACAAUCACCAUCUUGUUUAUGCUAGUCGUCUUGUACUUCCUCCUUCUGUUAAGGACAUUACUAGUUUAAGUGAUGAGAUUUUUUUCCCUUCUCUUUUUCUUCUUUCUCUUUUUCCUUUACUUAAAGAAUGUUUGAAAAGUUGAGUGCAUGUGUGUGUGUGUGUGUGUGUGUGUGCGCUCGUGCACACAUGUAUGUGUUUGUCUUUUAUCAUACUUACACUAAUUUUUUUUGUGUGUGUAUGUGCGUGUGAUGCUAAUGAUCAAAGAUUUUAUGUGUUUCUUCUCACCACAUACUAGUGUGUAUAUAAUGUAAAAAGUGACAAAAGGAUUAUUACUUAUAAAGAAUGGAUUGUAGACUAGGUUUGCCUUUAACUAAAAAGUAUUACAGGACAGGAAUCAUGUCCAACAUGUUAUUAUGUAAUUAUAGAUAUAUUUUUUGCUUUGUUAGUUUUUAUUCUCACAAACAAAUACAAAUGAACGCAAUCAACAGUUGUAUUCAGGGGCUACACUCACUUGUUUGCUUUGUACAUUUUUGUAACAACUAUUUUGGAAACAAUGAAUAUGUGAUCAUGCUUGGUCUAGAUUUGCUUUUAUUAUUAUUAUUAUUAUAUUAUUAUUAUUAUUAUUAUUAUUAUUAUUAUUAUUACUAUUACAGUGCUUUCAGUCCUACUCUCUCUAUACGUACAUGCAUGCUGAUAUAUUAAAUGCUCAACACUGAACUAAAUUAGGGUUAAGACACAAACAUUUUGAAAAUGUGAUAUUUGAGCAUUAAUGAUUUUUUCAUAUUCUUUUCUUUUUGUUGAUAAAAGUAAACAGUCAAAAGAAAAAGACAGUAAACUGAGAGUGAAAAUGAGAUAGUCCUUAAAAAUUACUAUUGCAUUUCCUUUUUCUUUAUCUUUCUUGAUAUGUAAAAACUGGAAGUUUAAGAAGAAAAGACAGUCAGCUGAGAAUGAAAGUGAAAGAAAUUAUGUGCUUUCUUUUCUUUUAUUUAUUUAUUUUUAUUUAUUUUUUUUUUUUCAAGAUACAAAAUAAAAAAAAAAUAUUGUUGUAAAUGUUUGAGAAGCCAAGACAGUCAGUUGAGGAUUUCCUUCACGUGACCUGCCUGUGUAGACUAACCAGUUUGUGUGUCUUCUUGAAUGGUUGCUGGUGACCCUGUGUGUGUGCUGGCCCUGUCUUGUAUCUGUCCUCACCAUGUGGUCUCUGUAGUGGCACAAAAGAAAGGAGUAAGUGGCUCAUUUUAAGCUAUACAUAUUCCAGAUUGUAAGAUUCGGUAUUUAUGUGCACACCACCAAAUACAAAAGAUCAGUUUGUGUUUAUAUAUAAAAAGAAAUUGUGAUACCUCAGCAUUUUAAGAAAUAUGUGUGCUGUUUGAAGCACAAAGAUGCAUUAUAGAUAUUAACAGUAUUUGAUUCUCAUGCCUUUUGUACUUAACAUUUUUACCAAAGACUCACCAGGUAUGUAAAUGUGUGUGUGUGUGUGUGUGUGUGUGUGUGUGUGUGUGUGUGUGUGUGUGUGUGUGUGUGUGUGUGUGUGUGUGUGUGUGUGUGUGUGUGUGUGUGUGUGUGUGUGUGUGUGUGUGUGUGUGUGUGUGUGUGUCUGGCCUGCCACAAACAUCUUGAUCUCCCCUGCGCUUCUCCAUGACUCGGUUGUGGUCUCUUCCUUGGCUCACUCGGCUUGACAGCGCUGGAAGAAAAUGAGGAGUUGUUUUAUGAUUUGUGUUCCAUGAAAGCAAUGUGUACUGUUGUAUUAUUCAUAGUGGUGGCAGAAGCAAAUGAGGAGUUGCUAUUGUAUUUUUGUUCUAUGGAGAAAAUCUAAACCAAACUUUUUAUUUAUGGUAAUGACAAAAGAAAAUGAAUUAUUAUUUGUGUUCCUUGAAGAAAAUGUGAAUGUACAGCAUCUUUUACUCAUGAUGGUGUCAAAAGAAAAUUAGGACUCAUGAUUAUGUUGUGUUUGUAAAGAAAAGUGCAUCAGUAUCUGAUAGUCAGUUUUCUACAAUUUACUGAUGGUAACAGGAUAAACAAGGAGUCACUUAUAUGUAUCACACAAAGAAAACAUGUAUGUACUAGUAUUGAAGGGUUUCUUCCUUUUUUCUUUAUUUCAGGUGUAUAUUAUGAGGAGAUGCAAUAAGAAGUGUCAUAAUAUAACAAUGGUAAUAAAGACAAUGUAGAGAAGUGGCCAAUGGAGCUGCUUGACUAAUUAUGUUAACUCUUAUUCCUUCAUUGCAAAAUGUUCAAUAUGUAUUCCUUGUGUUCAGACCUACUGACUCCUUCAUAGUGGUGUCCCAACAGUGAAGGAAAUGUUUAACUCUUCCCUGUGGGUCUAGAAAGUUUUGUACAAUCCAUGCAAUUCCAAGUUUAUUUCUGACUAUGUAAAAUGCAUACUGUAAUUUUUUCCAUGAGUUGUUUUGUAGUCUGAUGUGUUUGAGAAUUCUUCCAGUUAGGGUGAAAGCAAGGCACGGUGGAUUGGACAAAUGUGCUGCAAAAAAAAGUAUUGUUCAUUUCUGAUGUUGGUGUGAGACUUUUAAUUAGCUUUUAUAAAUAUUGUCAGUGAUAUGUCAAAUGUUAUUUCUACACAAAUAUAUAACAAUGAUGCUCUGUAA